UUUGGGUGGAGCACUUCACUGUGUCCCCUGACAGUGUGCACAUCGUGUAAAGACUUCAGCUUGUCGUCUGGUGUCUGAGCAACCAUGGCGAAGAACUUCAGUGCUCUUGGGAUUCCUGUUGGCCACAUGAGCCAGGCAGUGUCAGAUGGAGAGCUGAACAUGUCUGCGCGGGGCUGUGGAGGCAGCAGCUCCAGCCUUCCAGGGACUCCGGGCGGAGAGUCCGGCCCAGCCAACAGUGUGCUGAGCUGGGCCGUCUCGUUUGAGAAGCUGUUGGAGGACCCUGUCGGAGUCCGCCAGUUUACGGCUUUCUUGAUGUCUGAGGUGAGUGCGGAGAACAUUUUAUUCUGGCAAGCUUGUGAAAAAUUCAGGAAGAUCCCAGGCAGCUCCUUGGAAGAGCUGAAAGCAGCAGCUCGCUCCAUCUACAACAGCUACCUGUCUGAAAGCGCUCCCUACUCCGUCAACAUCGAUGACACAGCCAAGACGGAGGAGAAGGACCUGGAACAGCCCACACCUGACAUGUUUAACAAGGCACAAGCACAGAUAUUCAAACUGAUGAAGAUGGACAGCUAUAGGCGCUUUGUGCGCUCUCCUCUCUACCAGAGCUGCACUUUAGCAAGUGUAGAAGGUAAACCUCUACCUCAGCUCUGCACAGAGCCGCUCCACAUGGGAUCCUGGGAGGAUGUGACCAGAAGCCCCUUAAAUGACAAACAGUCAGACUCCAACAGCUUGCCAGGUGGCAAGAGCGCCUCUGAGAAACGGCGACAGAAAAGAGGAUCCUGGGGAGAUGCAUCCAACGUCCAUAGUUCAGUCGCCCGGAAAGAGUCCCAUAUGUCAGUCAAGUCGAGCAGCAGUGUUGAGCUCGGCUCCCUCUACAGGCAGGUAGAGAAUGGCAGGUUGAGUCCCCGGUACCCAGAGCAGGGUGGUGGAGGGGGGAGUCGGAUAGGGGUGGAGGGGGGUUACUGCUGCGUCUACCUACCUGAUGGCAGUGCCUCCCUGGCCCCGACACGGAACGGCCAGCCAAUCAAAGACAUGCUGGCCAGCCUGUGUGAGAAGAGAGGCUUCCCGCUAAAAGAUGUCAUCAUCUACCUUCAUGGCAAGGACAAGCUGCCCUUAUCUCUGGACCAGGACUGCUCCGUACUGAGAGAUCAGCAGGUCUCUCUGGAGCUCCGGGUGACGUUUGCGCUGGAGAUUGCCUUCACUGGUAAGACGAUGGGGAUCAUGGUGAAGUCCAGUAAGACGCUGCAUGACGCCAUCUCUGCAGUGCUGCAGAAACACCAGCUCAAGCCACAAGAGGCCCUGGUCACCAUGGUUGGAAGUGACGAGCCUCUGAGCAUGAGCAGCACCGUGUUCAGACUGGCCAAUAAGACCCUACGGCUCGACAAAACCAAAGGAAAAGACCAAACAAACACUCCCAAAGGCAGUGGUUCUGCUGCAGCCACACAGGCCGGAGCAGGGGGUGUGGAGGCCCGAUCAUCGAUGCAAGCCAAGACUCGGCCCAAACCCAGUAAGAACCGCGAGAUGGACGGGUUUCUGGACAUGCUGACGAAGGCUCAGGGCUGCAGGGUUGAUGACCAGCGAGGCCUUCUGACCAAAGAGCAGCUGCAGGUCCCUCUGUUCCUGCAGGUGGCCUCAGACCAGGGAGACGACACCGAGCCAGACAAACCCAGUACAACCGGCUCCUCCACUGCAGCCUCCAUAGAGACGUCAAGUUCAGCCGGAGCAGCGGAGGAAACUAAGAAAUCUGCUGAAUCUGAAGCCAAAGACUUAAAGGAAACAGCAGUUUGAGAAACGUUUGUGUGUGUGUGGGAUGGACAAAGACACAAUCAAACUACAACCAACAUCUCACAAUGUCAUGAGACCAGUCAUGUCAAAAGACAGAAAAAUGGUCAAGCACUUUUUAUGAUUGUUUACAAAUAAGCUCUGAGACAAGCGUGCUACCAUCUCUGCUACUGGUAAUUGGCCUCUUGAGGCAAUAUAAAAAGAAGAAGAAGAAAGAUCAUGGCAAGCAUAUAGUAUAUAGUAUAGUGUCAUUUCAAAACACUACACAUGUUAAUGGGAAGAAUGUUUGCUAUGAAUUGUUUUUAUGUAUCCAUAAUGUUUUGAAAAGAAGUUUUAGCUCCAUGAUUCACCCUGAAGCCAAUGUGUUUGUUUUAGUGUUCCCUGAUGUUUAAAGUUGUACAGUUUGCCGUUAACAUCGCUUUAAUUUCUCACAAUCUCACAUUUCAGCCAUGCUUUGUUCUAAACUCUAAGCAAAAAAAUGUUUCUGCACAGGACUGUCCAAAAGGGGGUUUUGAAGUGUAUUGCACAAUUGUUUUUUCUUUAUUUGAAUUAAGAUUAUUGAAUAUUUUUACUGAGAUGAGAUUUUAAUAUUUUAAAUGACUAAUUUUCAUUUCCUUGCUUACUUGCCGUUUUGGUACUUACAUGCACUUGUUUGCUGUGAUGGCACUUUGAGAAGCCCUGGUCAAGUCCUGUUUCCUUGUCACUUCAGACUUCACCUCAGGGUCCACAUCAUGAAUUAGUAAUGUUAUAUUACAGGGAAUCAAUCAGAUGGUGUGAUCAUCAAAAAAAUAUCCCACAGGGUGAAUCCAAAGAAUUAAAAGUGUUUUAUGAUGAAAUGGGAUCCUUUCUUUCUGUUUCUGACGUUGAGGAAAAGUGUCAGGGUUUUAGUCGUCUGAAGAAUGUUUUGGAUGAAUCACUGAGGUCAGUUUCGGGCUUGACAAAUAGUACGUGAUUUGGUUGUAUAUGUGGUGCAGCCAGACCCCACUGGCUCAGUGGGCUGGCUGUAUGACUCAUGCAGUGUAUAAAAAAGGUCUGAUGUGUAUCUGUCCGUGUCGGUGACAAAUGUAACAAGCUUUGAUUACAUUAUUUUGAGUCUUUGGCGUACUGUACAGUGAUACAAUUUGCAGAUGAUGUGGCUACGCCUUUCUUACCAACAAUGGGCCCAAUUAUAGAGCUGAGAUUAACCACUUCUACAACUGCUGAUGAACAUAAAGUGUGGACAGAACUAUGCUGAUAUAAUUUACCACAACAUUUAUUCAGAGUUGGGAAUGAGCAUUGUCUGUACUGAACAAGAACAAUCUAGACUGUUUUUAACCUC